ACAUUAGUACAUUACUAUUACAUUAGUAAGAAAACUAAUAGAAAGGUAAUAGGUAUAGGAAAAGAAGAAAAAACUGUGUAUGGCAUUUAUAGAUUUGGAAAAGCGUAUGAUAGAGGUACUAAAUGGGCAUUAAUGAGAAGAGGAGUCCCAAAAAGGUACAUUAAUAUAAUAGAGAAUAUGUUGUACCUUCUUUAAAAGAAUAAAGCAGUAGGACCAGAUGAAGUGCCUGUAGAAGUAUGGAAAAUAUUAGGUGGUUGAAAGUUCUUUUAAAUAAAAUCUUAUUUAAUGGGAAAAUCCCAAAUGAAUGCAGGAAUAGUAUUGCGGUGCAAUAUUUAAAGGUAAAGGAGACAUACAGGAGUGCGGAAAUAAUAGAAGCAUAAAGCUUAUGAGUCAUAGUAUGAAAUUAAAUACAAGGUGAGAGCAAUCGGAAGCUGUAAGAACAGUUAUAGAAAUGAAUGUUGAAGGAAAAAGAGCUGGAGAAAGACCAAAAAAGAGAUGGAGGGAUGUAAUUGAAUGCGAUAUGAGGACGGCUGAUGUGGGAGAUCGUAUCAAAUGGAAAUUUAGGAAGAUAUGUCAAAGUUUACUACAUCUAACUAUCAUACUUUAAAAAUUGAAAACACGAAUGACUUUAUUUACAGUGUACAAUUAAAUAGGCCUGAGAAAUCUAAUGCUAUGAACACGCCCAUGUGGAUUGAAAUUGGAAAAUGUUUUAAUGAGCUUAAUGAUAAUCCAGAUUGCCGUGUAAUAAUUUUAUCUGGAAAUGGAAAAUUUUUUACUUCAGGUAUUGAUUUAUAUGAUAUCAUGAAUCUUGGGCAAGAAGUUAUGAAUCAUGAAGACAUUGCUAGAAAAUCACAAGUUGUAAGGAAAUUCAUUAUGAAUUACCAAAAUUGUAUUACUGCUUUAGAAAAAUGUGUGAAACCUGUAAUUGCUGCUGUACAUGGUGGUUGUAUUGGUGGAGGUGUGGACUUAAUAUGUGCUACAGAUAUGCGAUAUUGUACAAAUGAUGCUUGGUUUCAACUCAAAGAAACAGAAAUUGGAAUGGCUGCUGAUGUCGGUACACUUCAAAGAAUGCCUAAAAUUGUCAGGAGUAUGAGCUUGUUUAAUGAAUUAGCAUUCACUGCUCGUAAAUUUGGUGCUCCAGAAGCGAAAUCAAUUGGUUUUGUAAAUGAAAUUUUUGAUGCAAAAGAAAGUAUGCUAAAAAGUGUAAAUGAUAUUGCCAAUGAUAUUGCAAGUAAGAGUCCAGUUGGUAUUCAAAUGACUAAACGUAGCAUUGUUUAUUCAAGAGAUCAUACAGUUCAAGAAGGAUUAGAUCAUAUUGCUGAUUGGAAUCAAACUUUACUUCAGAGUGAAGAUUUUAUUAAAGCUUCAAUGGCUGUUGCUUCAAAAGAUAAAAAACCUAUUUUUUCAAAAUUGUAGGAAAAAUUUGUAUUAAAGACUUAUUAAUGUAUCUAAAAUUUUAUAUUCUAUUUUUUUUUUAAAUAAAAAUGUAUGAUUUGUUAAGAAUGAUUCAAGUUUUAUGUAUGUGAUACUCUAUUUUUUAUAAAUAAAAUAAAGUUCUAUCUUAUGCACUUAAAAUAGUAAAUUUUAAAAAAAUAUACUUUGUAUAGUUUUAUGUAUUGCUGAAUUUUAACCUUUGAUAAGGUGCAGUCUUGUAUUAUUUCUUUAAAAUGAAAUUAUGUCAAAACAUUA